UUACAUCCAUUUAAAUGUGUUCUAUUUUGAAUUUUUCUGCUAGUACUUAGAGGUUGCCUAGCAACGGCCAUUAAUAGUUGUCUGUUGCCUAGUUACUUCGCUGCAUCGUUUUUAAGCACCGAAUUCCGAAUACUAACACGGAUCUCAUGUUUGUGCUGGAAAUCCUCCAAAUUGAUCAACUGAUUUAUAGUGUGUGACCUUUGCUCAUUGUUGUUGUCUAUUCUUGGAAUAAAUCAUUGAAUAGGGGACCAGUAGAACACCGCAUAUAAAUAUAGUAAAAAUCACGUAAAAAUGACGACUUUUACACGCUUACCAAAAUCACUUCCCAUUUCUGCCUGAGUGUGUUUUGGAAUUUGGGCUAUGCAACAAUACAAACAAAAACAUGAAGAAUUUAGAAGAGAAAUUCAAGGCUCUUUGUAAGGAGUUUGAUAUAAGUCCAUCAAAAACACUUCUUGAGCAUCUCUCGAUUGAUGACUGUGAUGGUCUGCUGGACUUCUCCAGUGGAGAUGUGACGUCUGAGCAGGCAGCCGUGCUUGGCAGUCUGCUCUCCACUUCUGGUGAUGUCAAGCAGCUGCUCCUCAAUGACUGUCUGCUCUCUGAGGACAGUCUCAAGGCCCUAUGUCUGGGAUUAUGUCUGAACACAUCUGUGACCCAGCUGGAGCUCCGGGGUAACAACGUGCGGGGACCGGGCACCGAGCAUCUGGCGACCCUCCUCAGGAAGAACAGACACCUGCAAACGCUAACUCUCGAGUGGAAUAAUCUGGGCCUGAGUCCGGGCUCGUUCAAACUGUUUGCGGAGGCGCUGCGAACCAACAAGUCUCUGAAGUCGCUGGACCUGCGCAGUAACCAGCUGGACCACCAGUGUGCCGGUCACCUGGCGCGGGCCGUGGCCGGCAACCGGAGACUGCGGCACCUCGACAUGCGCUGGAACGGUAUCGGCGUGUUGGGCGGCCGGGCACUGGUGGACGCUCUCCAGGCCAACAGGACACUGGUCUCGUGCCCCGUGGACGGUAACGCUCUACCGCCGGACCUGCUGCACACGAUAGCGUGUCGGGUCCGUAACAACCAAGAGCUGCUGGAGUCGGAGGAGCAGAAGACCGCCGAACGCUCGCUACUCACCGCACAAAUACAGGAUACAGAGCGGGCGGGGCGCCGGGAGGUCGAGGGCGUCGUGAGGACCCUGCAGACAGAGCGAGCGUCCUUCUCUGGACUGCAGGCGGACAUGAACUUUCAGUUGGGCCAGCUUCAGGAGGCCCUUGACGAGAGGAAGGAGGCGGCAGAGCGGCUGGCGUCCAAACUCUCCGCCGUGGAGGCGUCCCUGGCUAACACCCAGGCGGCGCUGACCGCAGCGCAACAGGACAAAACUGAACUCCAGGAGCAAGUGAAGACCUUGCAGGCUGAACUGGCUGCUCAAAAGAAGGCUAACUCGGAACAGCUCGAACACCACAAACAAGUACUGGAGCGAAGUCGUCAGGAGCAGGAAGAGCGCUCGGCGGACCAGGAGCGGCGCCUGACCGAGGAGCGGCGCGGCCGGCUGGAGACGGAGCGUGCCGCGCAGGAGCAGCGCUCCAGGGCCGAGCAGCUCCAGCAGGAGACGCUCCGGCUCCAGGCCACGGUCGGCACACUCCGGGACGAGAUCCAGGCCGUCUCUGAUCGAGAGGAACAGCGCCGCCGCGCUGAGGCGGAGGCUGCCGAUGAACUCCGCCGAAAGGAGGUGGCUCAGGUCAAAGAGCAGGCGGCCGUCACCUGUAAAAACUUGCAGAACCAGCUGCGGCUGGGCGACGAGCAGCGGGCGGCGCUCGAGUCUCAGCUACAGGAGGCGUCUCAGAGACUGUACGCCGCCUCCCGCGAGACUCAGGACGAGCUGGCAGCGCUCCGACUGAGGCUCAAACAACAAGAGAAUGACCGGUGCCAGGCGCUGCAGGCGCAGAUUGACCACGCCCACGGCCAGCUCUCAUUGGUCAGUCAAGAGAAACAUGAGCUGGUAACCACCAAUCAAAGACUGCAGGACAAACUCCGUCAGGCAGAGCUGGAGAAUCGUUCCAGCAAGUCGGAGAUCGAGUGCUUGAUGAAGGAGUUGGAGCUGAAGCAGCGCGAGGUGCAGACGGCCGUGGCGCGGGUGCGCUCCGACCUACAGACCGAACUGGACAGGGUCGAGGCCGAGAAGACUCGGCACCAGCAGACCGAGGCGGCGCUGGCAGAGACGCGCACUCAGCUGGCGCAGCGCGAAGAGGAGCUGGAGCGCGAGACCCGACGGCGACGCGAGGAGGUCCGAAAACUGCGCGACGAGCUGAAGCGACGCGAAACAGAAAUGAUCAGACACAAGCAGGAUGAGCUGCAAAGAGCGGCCAUGCUGCACAGCGCCUUCCGGAACUACUUUGACGCCUCGGCACCUCCGCGGAGGAGGUCCGGCGGCGCCCGGCGAGAGUCGGUGGCGGCCGCGGCGGAACCGACGGAAGAGGAACUCCCGGAGGACGAACUGUGACGCCAGGGUUUCCACCGGUGACCGGCUUGGUGUGGCGAUAUUGGAGGCUGAAAAGCACUAUUAUGCUAUCGGUUCUCAUUGCUAUUGAGCCUGAGGAAGGAUAUCACGGUAUGGCUGCCUGCUGAAAUGAUAGUCAACUUGAAAGAACCCCUCUGGUAUUUCUGGUAUUUUUUCAUGGACUCAAAAGUUGCUGCAUCGUGCUUGCGAAUCGACUAGCGUAGUUCACACAAAUGUGGAUAACGUGUUAGUUCAUUUAAAAAGUGGCAGCCACGGAAUAUUGCUGCACUAAGCAGGACUGGGCAGUUGCCAGUUGGCACACUGCCUGAAAUGUAUGCGAUAGCGACGGCUGCUAUGCAUCGCAGCUUCCAUGGAAAGGCUCACUGAAAGGCUUCCACCACACUGAUCUCAAUGUCUGUGUUCGCGGUAACCGUGUCUCUCUAUGACUGUUUGUCUUUCCAGUUUGCACGGUUUCUAUUCUUUGCACAACUGUGAUCGCAGAAAUGUGUAUGGCUUGUAGUUCGAUGAUGUGCUGAGUGCUCAGAAGAGCAUAUGAUCCGUCCGUCGGCUGUUGACACCCGCGAUAGGUGUUUGCUUGUAACCUAUUGAGCGUCGGUGUGGUCUUUCCAUUUUGCACCAUUUCUAGUCACUUGGUACAAAAGUAAAUAAAAUGUUUCAUUUA